GAGCUCGCGCGUGCGCACGGGGAGCCAGACCCGGGUACCGCGCGCACGGCCGCACGAGGUGCGAGCGAAAUGGAGGGUUCCGCUUCCACCGCACCCUCAUCCUCAACCGCAGCCUCGGACUCCGCUCCCGCGACCCCGGCCUCCGUGGAGCAGCUGGACAAAGGACAGAUUAGAAAGGCAGUGGAAGCUCUGUUGACACAUUCCAAGUCCAGGAAAAACGCAAAUGGAUUGCUUUUGAAUGAGAAUGAAAAUUUCUUUUUAAUGGUGGUAUUGUGGAAGAUUCCAAGUAAAGAACUGAGGGUCAGAUUGUCCUUGCCUCACAGUAUUCGAUCAGAUUUAACAGAUAUUUGUUUACUUACCAAGGAUGAACCCAACUUAACUCCUGAAAAGACGGAACGGUUUUACAAGAAGCUUUUGAACAAGCAUGGGAUUAAAACCAUUUCUCAGAUUAUCCCCCUCCGAACUUUAAAAAAGGAGUAUAAAGCCUAUGAAGCCAAGCUCCGCCUCCUGGGCAGUUUUGACUUCUUCCUUACCGACGCGAGAAUCCGGCGUCUCUUGCCGUCCCACCUGGGGAGACAUUUCUACCACAGAAAGAAAGUUCCGGUACCUGUAAACCUUCUGUCCAAGAAUUUAUCCAGGGAGAUCAAUGAAUGCAUCGGUGGAACGGUCUUAAACAUCUCUAAAAGUGGUUCCUGCAGUACUAUCCGCGUUGGCCACACUGGAAUGGAGGUUGAGCACGUUGUCGAUAACAUCAUCACCGUGGCGAAGAGGCUUUCCCAAAAGUUGCCAGAGAAGUGGGAGAGCGUGAAGCUCUUGUAUGUGAAAACCGAGAGGUCCGCUUCCCUGCCCAUCUUUUCCUCGUUUGUCAGCUGUCGGGAUGAAGCCAAGGGCAUACGCACCCCCAGUCAGAAGAAGAAGGAAGCAAAGAAAAAACAAAAACAAAAAGAGUAUCGUGAAAAACAGAAAGAGAAGAAGAAAAACAAAAGGCUUAUGAAACAGGCUGGGAAGACUCCGUCGGGCCCGGAGAAGGAGGAUGUGGACCCCAAAACUAGUGGAACUACAGCACCGACCCCUGCCCCCGCCCCCCAGAAGGAGGGGUCCGGAGCCCGUGAGAAGAAAGAGGGCCGUCGAGGGAAAGCUCAGUCGAAGGUGCAGGAGGAAUCCGAAGACGAGAUCCCUGUGCUGGUGCCGAUAGGGGAGACACCAGCCAAAGGAAACGCGGAGGUGCAAAAACACACCGCAGGAAAGAAGUCUCCAAAAAAGAGUCCUGCUUCCAGCACACCCCGUGGGAAGAAGAGAAAGGCUUUUCCGGGUUUGGAGACCCCAAAGGCUGUGGAGCCCAAGACCCCAGGCAGUGGCCCGGGGAAGAAGCCAAGAAUCAAAGAAGACGCAGAGAAAGAAAAAAACUCUUCACGGGGGAAAAAAGACCCAAGACAGAUGACCAAAAAGCCAGGGGCCAAGUUCUUCACCACUGCUAGUAAAUCUGUGAAAAAAGCUCCCCGCACUCCCAAACAGUGGCCCAAAAAGCCCAAAGUACCCCAGUCGACCUAAAAAUCCAGAGACUCAGGCAGAAGGGGGCAUCCACAUUCCCCAAAGAGCUUUUUAAAAAUGCAGGGUCCUGAGCCCCACACCAUGCAGUCUUCUCCGGGAGUGAGGCCCAGACUUCAAUAUUUUUUAAAACCUCCGCAAGUAGUUCUGACAUCCGUUUGUGCGCGUGAGAACCAGUAGUUUUGAAGUAAAUCCAUUUUUUUAAGUUGGUCUUCUGUGCAUUUGCUAAUAGGACAGAGGGAGAGUACAGUGCCCUCUGGUUGUUUCUACAGCGUGCCGUAGGCCUCUGAGCGGAGUGUCGGCCUUCCCCACCUUGUUGGUUUUCCUGGAACCCCUCCGAUGUAUCCUUUCCCUCCCGCUUUCCGCCAUCUGUUCUCAGAGGCUCCUUUACACUCGUCUGUGCAAACCCUCCCAAAGCUCAUCCGCAGGCCCGGGAUGGGCCCCGCUGCCGACACUCGGCUCUGGCACUUCGGAGAGAGUCUUGGUGGGUUUUUGGAAAGGACCCUUGAGAUCCAAAUCACUGAUUUCGGUGGCAGUCCGCCACGGCUGUGGGUCACCGAGGCAGUGUGCGUUCGGUGGGUGGAGGCAAGAAAUACAUGCCCGUCUUACCCCAGACCCGUCGUCCACCUGCGUGCAUUUACUCACGUGUACACUGUGUACCUUCUGCAUGACUGUCCGGUAGAUGUGUUCUGAAGCAGUAAGUGACUCUUGGGGUGCUCAGCCUCGCCCUGGAUUUGAUUGGGGGUCCACAUCCCUGGCUGUAAGCCAUGGAUGCACUGUCCUAAUGGCCAGUGACGUGUGCUUUCCAGAAAGAUCACAUGGUUCGGAAACAAGGCAAGCUUCCGGGGCUCUUCCUCCCAAGUCAGGAGCCAGACCACCUGCUUUUUUGGUACUACAAAGUAGACGGUGACAUUUACUUUUUAAAUCACAAAAGUCUCUAAAAUGCGGAAUUUGUAUUUCCGCUGGCCUCAUAGGCUCUCGAGUGUGCGUUUACUGUCAAGGGCAAGUGUCAUCAAUGGGUUUUCCAUAGAAACGAGGUGCUAUGGGGACGCGGCCAGACGGGCUUCAGAGAUGGAGAUUCAAGUGCCGUUUUGAAGAGGGAAACUCAACGUUGUCAGGCUAGUCCGUUCUCUACAGGACGUAAUUUUGCAGGGGAGAAGCUGUAUGGUGUUUUCAUCCCAACCUCUAGCCAAAUAAAGAUUUUGCAAC